CUCAUUUCUUCUGUCCAUGUGUGCAUAGGAAAACGGAAAACAAAGGAAAUGUUAUCGAAAAUGUUAUCAUAGCAAGGUCACCAUGACGACCAUGUAGCUACCAAAUCUGUCAUCGACAUAAUAACCAGCCCUUCCUCUACCUUGUAAUGUGGUACUUCAAGAGUCAAACCAUCCUUACGACAUGAACCCAUUGUCCUGUCAUGAUCCUAAUACAAGACGAUAUUUGGAGAAAAGUAAACAAUAAGAAAGAUAAAAUGCCUCGGCUGUUUUUAUCCCGAAAAGUCCGCCGCGGACUGGUAGUGACCAGUCUAACAGUUGCUGCCGUCGUGUUAAUUUGGAACAAUAGCUGGGGAUCUACCACGAAGAAACUAGUGUAUGGACAGUCUCAAAAUGAAAGUGGACAGUUCUUGGUCAAUACGCCCAUGUGUAAAAUACCGGACAUUGACCCAUAUGAUCCAACCGUUCGGCGUAUCGUCAGAAAAACUGGUCGAAGACUUUGUCCUGAAACGAAAGGCUUGACUUACCAAGCUGGAAACUCAUUACAUGUGAAUUGGACAGUAGCACGAACGAUGGCUGUGGACGGCAAAGUUAAAUACUGCACAUUUACUCCAGUUUACAGACCGAACUACAAACCAACCAAUAAUAACUACCUGCGAUAUCUGGAAGAAAGCGACCCUUUUGUAAACUCUGUGAAAGUUUCGCACGAAUUUGUUAAAACUACUUGUUACAAUAACAUGGAGAAGAACAUUUACAAUAACUUCCACGCUUUUAUACAAAGGAAUGAUUCACUCGAUUCAAUGUUGAAAGAUAAACUUUUAAGGCAUAUUGUAAGAGAUAAAAUUACCGAGAGAUUAAACGUCAUGAUGAUUGGAAUGGAUUCUGUUUCAAGACUCAGUUUUAACAGACAAAUGGUUAAAACCAAGGAAUUUCUGGAGAAGGAAUUAGAUGCGUUCGAUAUGUCAGGCUACAACAAGGUGGCGGACAACACAUUUAUUAAUAUUGUCCCAAUGACCAUGGGGAAGUUUGUGUUUGAGAUGCCAUGGGACGAAAGUCAAUCUUCAGUCCCUUUUGAUAAUUUUGAGUUCAUCUGGAACAAAUAUUCAAACAGUGGGUAUAGAACAUUUUACGCCGAGGAUGCCCCCGAAAUUGCAAUAUUUGACUUUCUUAAAGCAGGAUUCGACACACCUCCGGCCGAUCACUUCAACAGACCAAUGAGUGUUGCCAUGGAAAUGAAGGAAGAACUAUGGUCAAAUAAUCACCACUGUGUUCAAAAUAGGCUGGAGACUGAUAUCGUUCUGAAAUAUUUAAGUGACUUUGCAGAAACGUACAAGAAAGAAGCUCACUUUUCAUUUACAUUUAUUACUCGUUUGUCACACGAGGAUGUGAAUAGUGCAGGAGCAGCUGAUGUACCGUAUUACAAUUUUUUCAAAUCUUUACAUGAGAAGGACCUUUUAAUGAAUACGGUUAUUUUCUUUUAUAGUGAUCAUGGCAUGAGAUUUGGAAAGAUUCGUGAAACAUACAUUGGAAAACUAGAAGAGCGGCUGCCAUUUAUGUACGUUGUCUUGCCAAAGUGGUUGACAAGAAAUUACCCAUUCCUAAAAACUAAUUUACAAACAAACGCACAUAGACUUACCACGCCAUUUGACGUGUAUGAAACACUUGUUGACAUUUUGCAUUUUGAUGGUAAGGAAAAAGAAGUUCCAUCAGAAUCUAGAGGUGCAAGCUGGUUCCGAGAAGUUCCGAAUACGAGAUCAUGUGACCAGGCCGGCAUUUUACCACACUGGUGUACUUGUUUGCAUCAUGAAAAACUGGAAGUGCAAGACGAUGUUGUAGUUAAAGCAAGUCUCUUGCUUCUCUCUGAAAUAACAAGGGAACUAGAGGGGUAUAAAGAUAUAUGUGAACAACUGUCACUUCAUUACAUACGGGAAGCCACGCGUUUGGUAGAAUCAGACGACGUGUUGCGGUUCGUUGCUCGUGAACACACAACAAAUGAAGGGCACGUAUUCGGUGAAACGACCAAAACCCUUGAAGAUAUCCAAGUAGUGAUAGAAACCGUUCCAGGAAACGCGCUGUUUGAAGCAACUGUCAGACUAAAUACGGUGUACGACAGCUUUAAGGUUGUUGGGGACAUCAGUCGGAUAAACGUCUAUGGCCAUCAAUCUGACUGCAUCGAUGUUUUCAAACUUAAGAAGUUCUGUCAGUGUAAAGACUACAGCACGUAACGUAUCUGUUACAGACUCUUGUUCUACGCAAAGGAAAUGGUGUGUAUGGUUUUGUGUAGAGGGUCUAUUCCAUUCAAGGGGCCAUGUUUUAUGUAUAAAUUAUUUAUCAAUUUUUAGCCCGUCUGUUUUUCGACGAAAAAUGUCGAUGUUUUGUAAUAGCCUUGGUGUUGUUGCCAUCAUUGUGCAAACUAUCUAACCGUGGUCAUCACCCUAAACCAGUUUAAGACAUUUACAUGAAACUAAGUACACAUGCUACUAUUUGCAAUUCUCAAAUGUUAGCCAUAGCAGUUAAUGGGCUAAAACACA